AAGGCGGCGCCGGUGACGCGCUCGCUCUGACGUCACGCGACAACCAGAAAGGUCGUGAGUAAAAUGAACGUGUGAAUCGUGUCUCAUGGACGCAGAGAGGUUUCUGCUUGCGAUCUGCACAAAACGACGGAAUAACGUGUGUCGGAGAACACCUCCAGAAACUGGAGUUCCCAUGGUGCCUUGCUUUGACGCGCUUCCUGUGUCUCACUGCUGCACUCAGCAUCAUCACGUUUGUUGUGUUGAGUGAUGUUCAGUUCUGAACCCCGUCACCUUCACUGAUCCUUAACCACGACUCUAUACACACCUACUAGCUGAUGGGGUGAUUUUGUUUUUCCCUCCUGGCAAAAGAAAGCCGGUUCCGUUAUAGGAAAGAUCUGGAUCCCAGGCGGAUCGAACGAGUCGUGUUUUACUAGAAGUGAAAACUUUUCUAAACCGUAUCCAGACACAGACGGAAGCUGGACAGUCAAAACUCCCCUUCGGCUGUCGUAGAAAGUUGGUCCUGAAGGCAAAGCAGCAUGGCUCGGAUGAACAGACCGGCUCCGGUGGAGGUGUGCUACAAGAACAUGAGGUUUCUCAUCACACACAAUCCCACCAACUCCACCCUUAACAGCUUUAAAGAGGACCUAAAGAAGUAUGGUGCAACAACAGUGGUGCGUGUGUGUGAGGUCACCUACGACAAAACGCCCCUGGAGAAGGACGGCAUCACCGUUGUGGAUUGGCCGUUUGAUGACGGAGCUCCUCCCCCCUCCAAGGUGGUGGAGGACUGGCUGAGCCUCCUCAGGAGACGUUUCAUGGAGGAACCGGGCUGCUGCGUGGCUGUGCACUGCGUCGCAGGCCUCGGCAGGGCUCCGGUGCUGGUGGCUUUGGCUCUCAUUGAGUGUGGGAUGAAGUAUGAAGACGCGAUCCAGUUCAUCAGACAGAAGAGGCGUGGCGCGAUAAACAGCAAACAGCUGACCUAUCUGGAGAAGUACAGGCCCAAACAGAGACUGCGCUACAAACACCCGCACAUCUUUAAGAGCAAGUGCUGCAUCAUGUAACCUGAACUCUGUAACCGAAUCGAGCCAGAACCGAACUCAUCAGACCAGGGUGCUCAUCGCUGAACUGCUGCUUAAGCAGAACCCCAUUUGGUCUGAUUGCAUCCUUGCGGUGCUUAAACCUCAUCGCUCUCAAUGAGGAGUGAAUACUGCCACGCCUCUCCGAGAGGUCGAAGGUCACCACAGGGUUUGUAAGGAGCACCAAAGAUAGUGACCUUUGACCGAUCGACCAGCUAAUACGGAGCCAAGGGGAAUGAUGGGGAAACUUUUUAUCCUGCUCACUUUGUUUAUCUGUGAAGUCUCAGGUCAUUUCAUUACACAGCCAUAUCUGCUCCGUCGCCUCAGAUCGUGCCGCUUACUCUCUACUUUCCCUGUGAUUCUGAGGCAUAUCGUGAGUAAGCUCAGAGUCGAAACGGGCUGAUGAGAUUUAUAUUAGGGCUCGUCCUCAAACUUCUUUGGCCUAAAUCUUUGCAGCUUCUACGAGACUGAUAGGAGGAUUAAAUAAAAGUUUUUGUGAACUCUGCAUUAUAGGUCUGUUUUCUUCCACUUCUGCCAUUAUUAAUAUAAUUCUUAUCAUUGAUUUCUACACAUCCAUCACGUUUUUAAAUGAAAUUGUUGGAUCCGUUUUCCUCCAAAAAAUAAAUAAACCAAAUGUAUGUAGAAAGCAUGUAGCGCCUCACCACUUCCCGUGUGCUCCUGCGGUAACGAAGAUGAGGAAGACUCGUGUCCUUGGGAAGUCUUCUGUUUUAUCAUCUGUAUUGUUGAAAUGCUUUUUGUUUUGAAACACUUUUGUAUAAAUAUAAUAUUCCAAGACAUAGCUGAAACUGUAAGUUCACUUUGAAUCUGACACUUAUGUGACAUUUAAAUAACAAAUACGGAAAAAAAUAAAAUGUUUAUAAAAUUCA